AGCCCUCCCUCUUUAACCCUAAUCCAUUUCUUUCUUAAUUAUUCCCUCUCUUUCCUUCUUCAACUGAAUACUGUGAAAUUCAGAUUCUUCCUUGAGCCACAAGACCAUGCAAGGAAACUAGCCUCACUACUGUCAUCAUUUGUGGAACCCAACCUUGCCACCACUACCGUGUGAAGAACCAAGCCUCGUCGCUAUAGUCGCAUGAGGAACCUAGCCUUACCACCACUAUCGCACGUCCAUUGAUGGUUCCUCCUUCCAUCUCCCUCCUUUUUCUUCUCCCCUUUUCUACUCCUUCAUCCGUGCCCUCCCUUCCUUCCUUCCUCAGUGUACGUAUAGAAAAGAGAACCCCAAGCAUCGAUCUAGGAGAAAUUCUAUAUGGAAGGUUAUUUUUUUUGCCGGAUUCGAGCCAUGGGUGGUAGAAUGGUGCUGUUAUAUUGUGAAGAUAAGGAAGAAUUGAAGGAUUUGGUGGAAUUAGCUGCGGACUGGUUAGGACAAUGGUUCAAAGUGGUGCGACCUUGGACACCCGAAAUGGUGGCCAAGGAGAGAGCAACGGGCAAAUGUCCGGAAAAAGAGAAGGAAGUCAUCGAACCGGUAUCUCAGGUCGGUAUAGUGGAUGGGACUCAAAUGGGCUUCAAGAACAAACCCAGAAGGAGCUCAUUUAAGGAGCCCAAUGCUCAAGAAGCAAGCCUAGAGUAUCAAGAAUCCACUAACAUGGGCUUGACCCAAGAUAGAAGAGAGAAAAAAUCGGCAGACCCAACAUACAACAAGGAUUGUUUUGGAAUUAGGGAAAUGUCAGAGGAUGAAAUUGAAGAAGACGGGGAGGAUGGUUAUGGAGAGGCUACGAAAAAGAUAAAGGACGGAUCCAUAAAGAAACAGUUGCAAAGCCAGUUAGCAAAGGAGAUAUGGGAUCUUGCGAAGCAGCUUGGCGCGAAUGCAGAAAAUGAAGUCGAUGUCUUAGGGAUGGGAGGGAUUGGUAAGAAAAGACAGAUUAGAGAAAUUAUGAUGAAGGAGAAAGUAGAUUUCAUAGCAAUUCAAGAGACUAAAUUAGUGACAGUGGACAGGAAGAUUUGUAGAAUAAUAUGGGGGACAGAUGACUUUGACUGGGUAGCUAAACCAUCGGUGGGUAGGUCUGGAGGUCUAUUAUGCAUUUGGAAUGCUAAGGUGCUUAAGAAAAUGGAGUGGGAGUUGAGAAGAUCAGUAUCGGAUCAUUGCCCCAUUUUACUCAAAAAUGAGAAGAUUGAUUGGGGUCCAAAACCGUUCAAGUUUUUUGAUGCGUGGUUUGAAAAACCUGGAUGCAUGGAGUUAAUCACAGGAGUGUGGAAAUCCAGUGAGGUCCAGGGGCAGAAAAGCUUCAUACUUAAAGAGAAAUUGAAAAGAAAAAAGAAAGCAUUAAAAGAGUGGAGUUGGAACCUAGAUGAAGACGUGGAUGAUAAAGAAAUAAAGGAAGAAGUGGCUAAGUAUUUUAAAGAUUUCUUUUCAGAAGAGGCAUGGCAAAGACCAAAGCUUGAUGGGAUUAGAGUUAAUCAAAUUUCACAAGCCGAUAAUGAGUUGCUAGUGGCUGAUUUUGAGGAAAAGGAGAUUAAAGAAGCAAUUUGGGACUGCUGCUCUUCCAAAUCCCCGGGCUCGGAUGGUUUCAACUUCGGAUUUGUGAAGAAGAUGUGGGAAGACAUAAAGGUGGAGGUGAUUGACUUUGUGCAGGAAUUUUGGGAACAUGGCAGACUUGCAAGGGGAUCCAACGCAUCCUUCAUUGUUUUAAUCCCAAAGAAAGAAAAUCCACAAGGAAUUGAGGAUUGUAGACCCAUUUCGCUCAUCGGGAUCAUACAAUUAGCUGAUGGGGUGGUGAUUGCAAAUGAAGUCAUCGAUGAGGCCAAGAGGAAGAGGAAAAAAAGUUUUCUGUUUAAGGCCGAUUUCGAAAAAGCAUAUGAUAGAGUGUGCUGGAGCUUUAUAGAAUACAUGAUGAUGAGGAUGGGAUUCUCGAAAAAAUGGAGGAAGUGGAUUCAAGAAUGUCUAAGAUCAAGCUCAGUGUCUGUUCUUAUUAAUGGAAGCCCAACAAAAGAGUUCUCGGCAAGCAAAGGCAUUCGACAAAGAGACCCGCUAUCCCUUUUCUUAUUUUUGAUUGUGGCAGAAAGAUUGAAUGGAUCAGUAUCUGCAGCAGUAGAGAAGAAUCUUUACAAGGGUGUUAUGGUGGGAAAUGGAGAUACAAUGAUUACACAUUUACAGUUUGCGGAUGAUACUAUCUUCUUUGGAGAGGCUUUCGAUGAAAACAUAAAGGUGGUCAAAGGGAUUAUGAGGACUUUUGAGUUGGCUUCCGGAUUAAAAAUUAAUUUUGCGAAAAGUCAGCUAAUGGGGAUGGGAGUUGAAGAAAGUUGGACAACAAGAAUGGCUUAUAGACUGUGUUGCACACAAGGAGAAUUCCUACUUAAAUAUUUAGGAAUUCCAAUUGGCGGGAAUCACAGAAAAAUAGCAAUGUGGUAUCCAAUGGUUCAAUCUUUCAAAAAGAAACUUGCUAGCUGGAAGGGUAGACAUCUAUCUCUCGGGGGUCACAUCACGCUCAUCAACUCAGUGUUGUCUAGUCUUCCCGUGUUCCUGAUCAAUGGCACAUGGACAUGGAAUCUAAAUUGGAGAAGGAACCUGUAUGAGUGGGAGGUUGAUGAUGCCGUGGAACUCCAAAAGAGGAUAGAAAAUGUGAAGAUAGUAGAAGGAGACCUGGACAGUUGGGAAUGGAGUCAUGAUAAGGGAGGCCAAUAUUCAACCAAAACUGUGUAUUCUCUUCUAACAUGGGAGCAGGUGGAAUUGAAGGAAGAGAAGACAUACAAAAGAAUAUGGAAUCCCAUCUUGCCAAGUAAAAUUUCAGCUUUCAAUUGGCAAUUAGUAUUGGAUAAAAUUCCAACCAAAGCUAAUUUGAUAAGAAGAGGGAUCAUUAAGGAUGUGACAGAAACUAAAUGUGCCCUUUGUAAUGAAGAAGAAGAGAAUGCUACUCAUUUGUUCUUAAAAUGCAAAAUUGCAAGGUGGGUAUGGAAGGCUUGCUCUAAGUGGUGGGGGUCAAAGAUGAUGGUGAACAGAGACUGCUGGAACACUUUUCAACUCCUCGGGAUGAAUACCAAAGGAUCAAAAACCAGAGAAGGCAUGGAUAGCAGCUGGAAAACAACCGUUUGGUCCAUUUGAAUUGCUAGAAACCAGAAAAUCUUCCAUAGUAGAGAGGUAAAUCCUAAUACACUCUUAGAACUUAUUCAAAUGAGAUCUUUCUGGUGGAUCAAAGCAAGAAAAGAUUGGGCUACUGUUACUUUCUCAGAUUGGUUGUUUGAUCUAGUUGCAUGUUUCAAAACUUGAUAUAGUGAGCGAACAGUGCAUAAUUAGGGGGCUUUUCCUUAUGUUUCUGGUAUGUAAAAAUAGGAGAUGGUGUUGUUUAUGGGUUUGAGUACCCCUUGUACUCUAUAUUCUCAAUAAAACUUUUGCCGUUCA